CCCCGUAGGAAUAAGUCCCGCUUACAUAGGGUGAGGGGACCGAAGCCUCGAUGGGGGAGGUACCGCUCUGGUUGCGGCUGCCCCUGCGCGCGCGCACACAUAUAUAUACACACAGCGCUGCUCGUUCACGCGUGAAGCCUCCACAACUGAGAGGCGCCGUGCGCGCUCCCGCGCCCAUGGCCAUUGAAAACAAAGCUAACUGCGUGCGCUCCAUUACAACAGAAGGAGCUCCGGGGACAUCGAGGCAGACCGGAGUGGAGGAAAAGGGCAGGAAAUGAUGGAUUUACGGCGGAAUUAGAAACCCUCGACGGCGGGUUCGCUCGGAACGGCGGUGCACGGAGGCGCUCGCGGGAGAAGCGGCAUUUUUUUUGACAUUUUGUUUGGCGCGGCGCUGCUGUGUGUUGUGCCAGCUGGCUAGCUAGCCUCCUAGCUAGCUAGCUAGCUAGCCUGCCAGCCAGCCAGCCAGCCAGCCAACCGUCGUUUGCCGUUCGUUCGGCGGACGCCGCGCCGGGCUGCGGGUCGGACGCUCGUCCGUCCGUCCGUUCGCUCGCUCGCUGCCAGAAGGGCGGCCCAAGAAGAAGAAGAAGAAGAGCUACCGACACGACACGGUCGGUGCCAUGCUGCUGUGCUCCAGAAGCGCCUCUUAACGGCCCACAUCGAAAGCGGACUUCUCUCCACCUCUCUGUCUCUCUGCCUGGCACCGCCGUGUAGAACCGGGGACCCGGAGCCAAGCUGUCGGCGACAUGGCGGAGCAGAGCUACUCGUCCUGGGCGUACUCCCUGGUUGACUCCAGCCAGGUGUCCACCUUCCUCAUCUCCAUUCUCCUCAUCGUCUAUGGCAGCUUCAGGUCCUUGAACAUGGACUGCGAGAAUCAGGAGAAGGAGAAGGACGGGAGUUCCUCUGCGGCAGGAACCUUCAGCAGCAACAACAACAGUAUCCAGACCAUUGACUCCACGCAGGCUCUUUUUUUGCCCAUCGGAGCAUCGGUGUCGCUCCUCGUCAUGUUCUUCUUCUUUGACUCCGUUCAAGUCGUCUUCACUAUCUGCACCGCAGUGCUCGCGACGAUAGCGUUUGCCUUCCUCCUGCUGCCUAUGUGCCAGUACCUCACCAGGCCUUGCUCCCCUCAGAACAAAAUCUCCUUCGGCUGCUGCGGCCGCUUUACCUUGGCUGAGCUCUUCUCCUUCUCGCUCUCCGUCACGCUAGUGCUCAUCUGGGUGCUGACAGGGCACUGGCUUCUCAUGGACGCGCUGGCCAUGGGACUCUGCGUUGCCAUGAUCGCGUUCGUCCGCCUGCCCAGCCUCAAGGUGUCCUGCCUGCUGCUGUCGGGGCUCCUCAUCUACGAUGUCUUCUGGGUCUUCUUCUCAGCCUACAUCUUCAACAGCAACGUGAUGGUGAAGGUAGCCACGCAGCCAGCAGACAACCCACUGGAUGUGCUGUCGCGGAAGCUGCACCUCGGGCCCGGCAUGGGCCGUGAUGUGCCUCGCCUCUCCCUGCCCGGCAAGCUGGUUUUCCCCAGUUCGACAGGGAGCCAUUUCUCCAUGUUGGGUAUCGGAGACAUCGUGAUGCCGGGGCUCCUGCUGUGCUUCGUGCUACGAUACGACAACUACAAAAAGCAGGCCACUAGUGAGCCGCCAGGCCCUGCCAACAUGUCUGGCCGCAUGCAGCGCGUUUCCUACUUCCACUGCACCCUCAUCGGAUACUUUGUGGGUCUCCUGACGGCGACCGUGGCCUCCAGGAUCCACCGUGCUGCCCAGCCUGCCCUGCUGUACCUUGUCCCCUUCACCCUGCUGCCUCUGCUCACCAUGGCCUACCUGAAGGGGGACCUGCGCCGCAUGUGGUCGGAGCCCUUCCAUGCCAAAUCCGGCAGCUCUCGCUUCUUGGAGGUAUGAUGGCGCGUCGGUGGCCACCUGGUGCCCAGGACUGCUGAGAGACGGAGAGAGACCGCUCUCGUGGACGGGGGAGGGCGGGCAGGGGUCCCUAUCGCCUGCCCUCGCCCUGGGCGCGACGCCUCUCCACACCUGGAUCCGACAGCCGGACAUCCUUGUGCCCUUUUCCCUCCGAAAACCAGCACCGCACCCCAACCCCCCCCCCCGGCGCUGUUAGAUCGUUGUGUUUCUCUCACUUGGACUGGAAUACAGUUCCUCAGCGCUAUAAGCGGAGGAAUUUUCAUUCAUGUACACACACCCAACCUGCUGUCAUCAUCCUGCCCCCCCCACACAAACACACUCAAACAAGUUCUUCAGUCAAAACACUUCAUCUAAGCCUCCUUUUUGGACAGAUGUACUGCAGGUUACAGAGGCUUUGUGCUCUUUCAAUGUUCACUUGUUUGUCGGUCUUUUGAUUAACCACUUAAGUCCAAGCAAAGCAGACUUGAGGGACCAUUGCAGGUACACGAUGGCCAGGGACCAGCAGACAGCCUCCGCCGCUGGAAAGAGCCGAAACAAAACUCAGCACAGACUCAUCUCUCGCCCGUCUUCCUCCUCCUCCUCCUCGCCAUCCAGAUACACCCCUCUUAUUUGGACUUCGGUUCAUUCGUGCGCGUCGACGUAUGUGUACAUAAUCAGGGUAGACGUACCCGUUUGCGUACGUCCGCACGUUUGAAGCGUCGCGUCACAGUGCGGAUGAGUCUCGACGUAACAGCUCUUCAUGCACUCCGUGACUCUUGCUGCUGUCGAUAUUGGGCCUUGGUGGAGUCUCCUGGUAUGCGCAACGCAGAUCUCGCCUCUGCGGCUUCGGUGUGUCGUGCGGCUGAUGGAGCGAAACUUUGCUCGCUCGCCCGGGAAGGGCGGCGAUCGUCACGCCGCCGCCCCGAGGAGAUGCCAGGACGAGCCGCCGCCUCCUUGCGUUCGACGCCCUUUCCUUUUUGCCUUCUUCCGCGGGUUGUGGUUCGUAACGUUCGGUUUGGAAGAAAAGUGGACCACGGGAGUCUGUGCGUCUCUGGAGAAGUUUGGAGAGCAAGAAAGACCAGGAUGGAUGGGGUCGUAGAACUGCUGGAGAGAGUGGGAGUCGCCAACACUGCAUUGCAGCUUCACUGAGCUGAGUUCCAGUGGUCAGCGUUUCCCCCAAGGGGUAUUUGUGGUCAUUAGCACACUUUCAGCAACAGGAGGCACAUAUGGGAGCGACACCCUAUUACACACCUCUGGCCUCAGAGUGAAUUUUGGAGAGGGUCUUUUGUUUCGUUUUUUUAUUUUUAUUUUUAACUGGAUUUUUUUUUUUUUUUUUACUUCCCUCCCUAUUUGUGUGUUUUCCCCUUUUCUUUGUUGUAGCGUAGACUGUUUUAUACACCAUUUCUGCCUCUGCCCUUUUCAUCCUUACAUUUGAGGGUACCAGCCCUGGAACAUUACCAUCAUUUAAACAGAGUCUGUACAAAAAAAGGUGGUUUAAAAAAUACUGAAAUAAAAACUAUUGCGACGUCGAUCCUGAUCAGCCUGACCAGCCCGACCCCAAGCAAGUCGUCCCUUUGGGUCAGGACCCUGCUGUAAAUAAAAAAAAAAAAAAAAA